GGAGGCGCUGGUUGAUCAAAGUUCGCCGAUCAGCACGACAUCGCACCAUAUUUAUCGAAAACCAAAAUUCAAAACAAACACACGACGCCGGGAAUUGAGCCGGUUCUAAUUUGGAAAUUUGCUACGAAGCCCUUCUGCAUUGCAAGAUGAUGGCCGGAAGGGUUAAAGUUGAGUCAUCUUUGCCCGCCGAAGAGAGCGAUCUGCUUUCAAUCAGGCCAUUGGGCGCAGGGCAAGAGGUUGGAAGGUCUUGCAUUAUGCUCGAGUUCAAGGGAAAGAAAAUUAUGCUUGACUGCGGUAUUCAUCCAGGUCUAUCAGGUAUGGAUGCUCUUCCAUUCGUAGACUUGAUUGAAGCAGACGAAAUAGAUCUCCUGCUCAUAUCACACUUUCAUUUGGACCACUGUGGAGCUCUACCAUGGUUUUUGCAGAAAACAAAAUUCAAGGGUCGUUGUUUUAUGACCCAUGCCACAAAAGCUAUUUAUCGCUGGCUUCUGUCAGAUUAUAUCAAAGUCAGCAACAUUGCUACAGAGCAAAUGCUGUACACAGAAGCAGAUUUAGAGAGUUCAAUGGACAAAAUCGAAACAAUAAACUUCCACGAGGAGAAGGAUGUGCUUGGAGUUAAGUUUUGGGCGUACAAUGCUGGCCACGUUCUUGGCGCUGCCAUGUUCAUGAUCGAAAUUGCCGGCGUCAAAAUUUUGUACACUGGAGACUUUUCUCGACAAGAAGACAGGCAUUUGAUGGCAGCGGAGAUUCCUAAUGUCCACCCUGAUGUCCUUAUCACUGAAAGUACUUACGGAACACACGUCCACGAGAAAAGAGAAGAGCGGGAAGGCCGUUUCACCACCUUGGUCAACAGCAUUGUUAGCAGAGGAGGGCGAUGCCUCAUCCCUGUUUUUGCUCUUGGAAGAGCACAAGAACUUUUGCUCAUUUUAGACGAGUAUUGGGGCCAGCACCCGGAGUUGCACGACAUUCCCAUUUACUACGCAUCGUCUCUUGCCAAAAAAUGUAUGGCCGUGUAUCAGACUUACAUUAAUGCAAUGAACGACAAAAUUAAAAACCAGAUUGCCGUCAGUAACCCGUUUGUGUUCAAGCACAUCUCAAACCUGAAGGGUAUCGAUCAUUUUGAGGAUGUGGGUCCUUGCGUUGUUAUGGCGUCCCCUGGUAUGAUGCAAAGUGGACUUUCUAGGGAACUGUUCGAAUCGUGGUGCUCUGACCACAAAAAUGGAGUCAUCAUUGCAGGCUAUUGUGUGGAGGGUACUUUGGCCAAAAUGAUUUUGUCUGAGCCAGAGGAAAUCACAACGAUGGCCGGACAAAAACUUCCUCUGAAAAUGUCCGUCGACUACAUCUCAUUUUCAGCCCACACAGAUUAUCAGCAAACGAGAGAUUUCAUCAAAAUUCUGAAACCUCCUCAUAUUGUUCUAGUGCAUGGCGAACAGAACGAAAUGAAUCGUCUGAAAACAGCUUUGGUCAGAGAAUUUGAAGCCGACCCAAAAAAUAAGAUGCAAAUUUACAACCCCCGAAAUACAAUUGCCGUCGAGCUUUAUUUCAGGGGAGAAAAAACUGCGAAAGUUAUGGGGUCCCUGGCAGUUGAACCUCCGAAACCUGGCAACACACUUUCAGGCAUCUUGGUAAAGCGUAACUUCAACUACCUUCUUUUAGAUCCAGCCGACCUUGCAAAGUAUUCUGACAUGAGUAUUAGUCAAGUGGUUCAGAGGAUGAGCAUGCACUACAAUGGACCCAUGGCAUUGCUCAAGCACAUACUCAUUCAGCUCGCGGGAAAUGUAGAAGCCGUCGAUGACAAGAAGUUGCGAAUUUUUAACUGCAUUGACCUUACCUUAGUUGAAAAAUGCAUAACUUUGGAGUGGGUUGCGAGUCCUGUGAACGACAUGUAUGCAGACACGGUUCUGGCUGCAGUUCUGCAGGCAGAGUCGGUAGAGGAUGCCCCGAAAACCCUGCCAACCACAUCUUCAAAGAUGGAUAGCAUGCAUUUCAAGGAAUGCCUGAUUGAAAUGCUGCAGGACAUGUUUGGCGAGGAUUCAGUCCCAAAAAUUUUCAAGGGUGACAAACUGCAUGUCACUGUUGAUGGCAAAAAAGCUGACAUCGAUUUGGAGAAAAUGAAUGUUAUUUGUGAGGAGGAUGAGUUGUUGCAGCAAGUUGUACAGACAGCAGUCUCAAAAUUGUAUCAGUCGCUAGCACCACCCACUAUGGACGACUGAUUUUUGUAAAUAAAUAAUCUUUAAAAAGCAGAAGUGAUGUUUCC